GUGAUGCAGGACGGUGUUUUUUCCAAUCCUGGUCCUGCAUUUUUAGAUGUUUCCCCACUCCAACACACCUGAUUGUAUGAUCAGGCCUCUGCAGAGCUUGAUGACGAGCUGAUCAUUUGAGUCAGGUGUGUUGGAAGAGAGAAACAUCUAAAACAUGCAGGACCAGGAUUGGAAAAACACUGAUGAUGAAUUUCGAUAACACCCUUUAAAAUGAAGCUGUUUAACCAUUGGUGUGAUGAUGCGUUCAGGUCUUUGUCUCCCUCCCUCUCUCCUCUCUCCUCUCUGCUCCCCUCCCUCCCGGGCCUACACACAGCCUCCUCCCCCUGUGAACAGCCGAGAUGAGCAGCGUUGUACCGUCCUAUGCUCCCAUCAGUCGGAUCAGAGAGUGCAGGCGAACAACACCCAGUAACGCGGAUCAGCAAAGGACGGACGACAUUUAGGAUUGAGCCGCAUCAGCUAUGAAAAUCCAUCACGUUAAGUAGAAGCAAACGGAGCUCUCUUCACCCAUAAAACGCGUCGAGGAUGAACGGCACCGCAGCGGCAGCAGGAUCGGCUUCUUGCCGUUUCGCCCACUAUUUUGUUGUGUGUGGAGUGGAUGCAGAGACGGGCCUGGAGCCGGACGAUGGAGCAGGUGAGGGCUUCGAGCAGAGCCCCAUUCGGCGGUCCUUCAAGUCGAGGGUCCUGGUGCACUACCCUGAAAACACAGAGAGGAACCCCUUCAAUAAAGAUGCUGUCAACAUGCUCUGUAUGCCGAGGGGUCUGUCCUUCCGCACUCAAGCAGACAGACUCGAUUCUCAGUUCCACUCAUUCACUAUUACUUUUGACGACGGCACGCGUUCUUACGGCUUUGUCCACACUUUCUACGAGGAGGUGACCAGUGCUCAGAUCAUCACCGCCAUGCAGACACUCUACCAGAUGCACCAUGUAGAGCACCACUCCUCGUCAUCCUCCUCCUCUCCCUCUUCCUCGUCUUCAUCUGCCUCCUCACCCUCCACCUCCAGUAUGGACUCGCUUGUGAGCAGCUUGGAUGAGUCGGACGCCGAGUCUCUAGCCGGGGUUUCCGCCUGCCUGGGCUGCGCGGCCUCCUUUGACCCAGCACGUGACACCCUGUAUGUGUCCAAAGCCCUCUGCCUCCUCACGCCGCUCCCCUUCCUUCAAGCUGCUCGACAGUUCCUGUCUCAGCUGCACCAGGCUGUGACGUCGCACACAGCCCCGCCCCUCCCUCUGGAGAGCUACAUCCACAACAUCCUGUACGAGGUGCCCCUACCUCCACCCGGCAGGUCACUGAGGUUUCACGGGGUACAGGGACCCAUCUUGUGCCAACGGCCCGGGCCAGGUGAGCUUCCACUUGGGGAGUACCCUCUUGGAGAGGCAUUCAGCCUGCUCGGUGUGGACAAUAUGGUUCAACUACUUACCUGUGCACUUCUGGAGACACAGGUUCUGCUCUGCUCUCACGACUACCAGCAUUUGAUGACUGUGGCGGAGGGCAUCACCACUUUGUUAUUCCCAUUCCAGUGGCAACACAUGUACCUGCCCAUCGUCUCUGCACCAUUACAUCACCUGCUGGAUGCUCCCGUGCCGUUCAUGUUGGGCAUCCAACGCAGAGAAGGAGCUCAGCGAUCCUCCCUCCACCUACCACAUGAGUCCAACCUGUGUUUUGUGGAUAUUGACAAUCACUGUGUCGAAGCCCCUGAGGACCUGCCCGUUUUUCCAGACCAGACUGAGCUCAUCCAGGAACUGAGUGAGAUACUGCUGCGUUUUGGGCUCCCUCCACAGGGAGGCGUGACCACUAAGCCCACUACCACUACCACCACCACUACCACCUCCCCUCGCCUGAGCAGCCUGGUCUUGGAGGAUCUGAUGGAGGACAGAAGGAAUGGGAACCUCGGAGGCGAGGAGCUGGCGGUGCUGGAGAGGCUGCAGGCUCUGGCAAGGAGGUGUGGAGGAGGCAAAAUGUCAGAUGGGGAGAAGAUACUGGGACAUGUGUUAGAGGAAGAGGAGGAAGAGAUGAAGGCUGCAAAGCUGAACAUUCAGCUGAGGGAGGUGUUUGCCGGCCGGUUUGCUGCCAUGUUUGGCAGGUAUGAGGAGUUUGUCAUCCACAGCGCUCUUGAUUUGGACUCCUGGUUGAGCAACAGAGAAGGGACAUUCAGCUUUGACAAGGGUUCCUUCCUCUCAGCUCAGCCUGCGACCCAUUUGCACUUCUUGUCUCGGUUCCUGGAGACCUCCAUGUUUUCAUCUUUCGUCGAUGGGAAGGUGAUAGCUCGCUGGGCCGAUAGGGAGCCACUGCAGCAGCUGUUUGACAACCGCCUGGAGAGAGAACGACUGUAUGACACCGACGAGGAGGAUGCCCACGGCUGUCGCUACAGGAAAUGCACCAUGCUCUUUGAGUCAGCCCAGUCCAUUGAGCGCAGACUGCUGAAGGCCGACCACACAGCCAUACACCCUCACCUGCUGGACAUGAGGAUCGGCCAGGGUCGUCACCAGCAGGGCUACUUUCCUAAGCUGCAGGCUGAUGUUCUUGCACAGGGACAAAACACAAACAAGUGGUCCAGUCGUGUCACAGCCUCACGCAGGACCGACCCCAAGAGAUCAACAGUCUCUGAACACUCAGGAGUGGACAAUGAACAGAGACAGAAGCACACAUUUACGAGGAAGAACCUCCGUCAGUCUAAGUUACUUGACCCGUCGCCUCAAGCCGUCACUCAGACUCAUCGAGAGUUUGUUGACGGGCUGCUGAGCGAGUGUCGUCUGAAGACCAAACGGAUGUUGAUGGAGAGGAUGGGGAAGGAGAGCGCAGAACUGGGUCAGGGAGAAGCCAACAUCACAGGCCUGCAGGAAAACACGCUCAUCCAUGGUCUGUGUGACCUACUGGAGAGAACCUGGGGCUACGGUCUGCAGCUGAAACAGGGGAAGUCCGCUCUUUGGUCUCAUCUGCUUCACUACCAGGCGGCCCAGGGGAAGAUGGAGGUACCAGCUGAGUCUCCAGGGUUUAACAAUUCAGACCAGAGAACGUUUGACGAUGGCACUCCCGUCCUGAGAGGAUCAUUAAUACAGGAUAUGAGGUUUAUUCAGACCAUGAGUGAGGGUCUGUCUGAGGUGGGACAGGCCCGGGCCUGGAUCCAUCUUGCCCUGGAGAAGAAAAUGCUCUCCCAACACCUUAAAGAGCUACUUAAAAACCAGGAGCUGCUCAGGCAACUGUAUAAACCCCAUGCAUUCCUGCUCUGUGAGGAAGAAAGGGAGCAGUUUUUAUUCCACCUGCUCUCUCUCAACACUGUGGACUACCUCUGCUUCACACGCGUCUUCACCUCCAUCAGUAUUCCAUACCGUGUUGUGAUAAUACCAAUGAAGAAGCUUAGCAUUGCUAUGGCAACAGUUGAUCCUUGGGUGUGCGUGUCAGGAGAAAUGGGUGAUUCAGGAGUUAGACAGAUCCCGAAGAAUACACAAGAAAUUUUUUUCCAGUGCAAGAACCUCGGCAGACUGAGCACCCUGCAGCUGGGACAGGAGAACUCUGGCUUGCUGGCCAAGUGUCUUAUUGACUGUGUGAUGGUCUACAAUGAGAUCACUGGACACACCUACAAGUUCCCAUGUGGCCGAUGGCUAGGGAAAGGCGUGGGCGAUGGCAGCUUGGAGCGAGUCCUCAUUGGACAGCUGGUGUCACCUGGUGGAGAGGAGGAUGCUCGAAGGUUUACAGGGACGCCUCCAGAGCUGGCCUCUCCUUCUCAGAGCAUGCGGACAGUGCUGGGAUCGCUUGGCAACCGGAGUAGAGUGUUGUCUGUUGAAGUACACGAAGACAUGAGGGAGGCGGCAAAUAACCUUGUUAAACACUUCCACAAACCUGAACAAGAGAGGGGAAACUUGACAGUCUUGCUAUGUGGUGAAGGAGGUCUGGUGCUUUCUUUGGAGAAGUUCCUCCUCCAUGGGUUCAAAUCCAACCGUCUUUUCCAGAGGAAUGUGUUUGUUUGGGACUUUGUGGAGAAGGCAGUGGUUUCCAUGGAGACAGAUGAUCAGAUGGGUGACCUGCAUGGAUCAACGCUGACAAAAGGUCCACCUUGCGACUCACUGUGCCAUUAUGUCAACGCAAUCAAUGCUUCACCCCGAAACAUCGGAAAAGAGGGCAAGUUCCAGCUGUUCGUCUGCCUGGGAGUCAGGGACCGGCUUCUGUCUCAGUGGCUCCCCCUGCUGGCAGAGUGUUCGCUGACAGUGCGGAUGUACGAGGAAGGCGCUCUGCUGCGGGACCGUGCUGCUGUACACUCCCUCUCCCGCAUCCUACACACACUCACCGAGUUCACCAUCACACUGGAAACAUCGCUGGUUAAAGGGGUUGACCUCUGACCCUGAUGGAUAAGCACUGCGGAAUAUCGGCCCCCUGCAUCGUAACCUACCGCAGGAAUUCUGAUGGGUUAAAAUAUUCAUCUUUCCAUGUGCCGGAAAAAGAAGUACAUCAGACACUUGUGACUUUAUGAUGAAAUGGACAGAGGACUAGAUGGAGUCACCGGCAACUUGAGCUGCAAACAUAUUGCCUUGUUCACUGAUGUAAAUGUCUUACACACUGUAUUUGCUUCAGGAAAUAGUCUGAUUUUCCAAUGCUUGUUUACACUGUGAAAUUCUGUUUUCCUCAAGGAGAAAUAGAGUCAUUCAUAAUCUCACAUCGACAGAACAUAUCUUCACAGCUCACACCAUUUACUCUGACCCUAUGACAACUAUAACUCUCCUCCUACUGCUGUAUUGCUUGCACUUGAAUUUUAAACUAAGCACAUGCAUGGCCAAAUCUG